CAGUUGCGUAUACCCAGCUCAACUUCCUUUACGUACGCAACACGCUUCAAACUCCCAUUGGUGCUCACUUGUUUGUUGCUCUGCUUUCCUCCUUCCGCGGUGUAUUUUUAACUAAUUCAGAUUUUAAACAGGGCAGCUACAAGUGUACAUCUUGGUAAAAUGAGGGCUGUAUUCUCUUUGCAUUUCUUAAUACUGUCAACUUUGUGCGGCCUGUUUACAGCAGACGAACAGCAUGAAAAUAUUGUUAUGAAAGAACCUGACUCAUCAGGAACAAUACGUUUCACAGCUCCAAAAUUAAACGCAGAGGACGAACACUCAGAUCAUAUGCCUGGAUAUCUGAAGUGUGAUGCCUGUAAAGCUAUUGCAUUUCAGAUGAAAGACUAUCUUGUAAAAGCAGAGUCCAAGAGGACAGCAGUGAAGGGUAAAGGAGCAGCUUUGAGUGAAUCGGAGUACGUGGACACUUUGGAACACUGCUGCUCUCAGAAGUGGGAACAGUAUGGUCUGAAAGAGGUGCAUGGUUUCAAACGUCUUUCUGGGCCUGGAUUGGAGACAGCAGAUAAGAUGGGUAUGGUCAUGUAUGGAGGACCUUGGCCAAAAAGGUUGAUCAAAACCCCUCAGACCCCUGAAAUUAGAGUUAGUGGCAGCACACGUGGCUUGGGAAGAAUCUAAUAGAACAGUAUUGAUACAGAGCAGAAAGUUCAGCCAACUGGCCCAGUAAGUACUACUUCAUUAAGACAUGCAGAAUGAUUCUGUGGGUAAUACAAACCGAUCUGCUUAACAUGACUGAUAGAGAGGUAGGUUGUGCCUGAGGCUGUAAACUGUAGCGGUGAAUGGUAUUAAUACAAGAUCAACAGAUGGGGACACAGAAUCGAGUUCCCCUUCGGAUAACCCUGAACUGAAUGUCUAGUGAAGUCAAAGUAAAGUAAUCUGUAGUUUGGUUAAUGUGCUGCAGGGCAUUGUUACCCCAACAGAUUUACCGUUAGGUAAAUGUAUCUGUCUUCUGCUUUCAU